AUGUCACCAAUAACAACACUUGAUGAUAUGAUGCUGCCUGCAACUCUAUACCCGCGUACUGUAUACCAACUUGAUAUUGGCCCUCUUUUAUCGGCCACAUUGAGGACAUAUCAGAAGGCAGCUUGUGACACGGAUCAAGUAAUAAUCUCAUGCCCCAGGGGAACCAGCAUAUCCAUUGAAUUCGCGCAGUACAAUAAGUUCAUAGCCAAAGAUGGUAUCGCAAUCGAUGAACUCUGCCCCACAGAUAAUCACCCAACUCAAAUAAGAUCCAAAUCGAAAUAUUUGCUACGCGGUUCGACAUUUGGUUCGCCCACACAAGUUGUCCCAGCGAAUCGAUAUGUCGGUGCCAUCGCUAAUGCUGCCAUUGGACUAUCUAUAGUUACAAAUACGAAUAGUACAUCUACGACAACCACUGUCACCGAACAGCAGGAGCAGCACCAGGAUGGGCAGGACGCUAACAGUCCGGAGAAUUGUAUGUGGCCCAAUGCCCUUCAGUACUCACUUCUGCAGACAGUCGUGGAAGCAUGCCAAAAGAAGAAACACUGCAAAUUCAACGGAUCACCCCAGUUCUAUGGGCUGGGAGCCAGCGGUGUUGGAGACACAAGUGGCAGCAGUAGCUACCACAGUAGCACAUCGACGUCAACGUCCGGCAUCAGUAUGGAUCCUUGCCCGAAGCGGAGGAAAAUUGUCGAGAUUGCAUAUAAGUGCAGGCCAUAUGAAUUUCGCAGUAAGGUAGCCUGUCACAACGAUGUAGCCCAAUUAGAGUGCAAUCCUUAUUCAAGAAUUGCUGUCUAUAGUGCCAGCUUUGGUCGGACUGAAUACGAGAGCAUACAGUGUCCACAACCCCAGGGUGUUAAAGAGGAAACGUGCCUAGCUUCAUACGCUACAGAGACAGUUAUGCAAAUUUGUCACGGCCGUAGGAGAUGCAACCUAGCAGCAGACGCAAAUACCUUUGGAUCACCAUGUCAACAGAAUUCCCGCAUGUACCUUAAGGUUGUUUAUACGUGUGUGCCAAAACAAGUCCUCAAGGACCAGUACGAAAGCGAUAUUGAAGCCGAUGAAUUGGAAGAUUUCGAAGGUGAUGUUAAUGAGCUCUAUGAUGAUGAUCAAUUUUACAAGGAAUCGGAAGCAAUACCGAAGUUGUAUAGUAAUGUAACUCGUACUAAUGGAAGUGUAAAUGCAACAACUGCAAGUGGUGCUGUUAAUGGAAUGAAUGUUACAGCAAUGGAUUCAGAUGCAGCAGGAGUUAAUCCCGUGAUGACACAUAGUUCAGAUUUAAGUUUAGAAGAUGACCAGGAACGUCUCUUCCUGUAUCUACUAAUUGCGGGCUCAGGUGGAGUCAUCGUGUGCAUCGUAAUUGUUGCUGUACGUGUUAUAAUGCUGAAGCGUCAUGAUCACAAUGCAGACAGUCAUUCGCAGUCAUCCGGCAAGGGAGGCGGUGGCGGUGGUGCUGGUGGAGAGACAACCAUUCCAAAUGGAUUUAACGAUACGAUAUCGGAAAUUGAUGCAGACAUAGACUUAACCAUUCCAGUGCCAGUGCCGAGCGUUUCGAAAAAUGAGAACUACAUAACUUAUGGAGCAACAUCUAGUUUAUACGGUAGCCUGGGUCCAUCAAAUAUAUCACAUACCUCAUCCACAAUGCUUCUACCACCGACAAUGGCUAACCCCCUGAUUUGUGGUAGUGGUGGCGGUGGCGUUGGCGGCGUUGGCACUGGUCCCAGACAAUCACCAGAUAUUAUCGGAAUAUCGAAUGCUUACAUGGCGGCAGCAACUUCAACAACGACGACAGCAAACACUAUUGGGUCGCCCCCAAUCCAUCCACCAACGUCUACAUCAGGAACAGCUGUGGCAGGUAACAUAGUCGGGCCUGGACAGCAAACAUCAAACGUCAGUAGUAGUGCAAUAGGCACCACUGUCAUCAUUCCUAUUUCAUCGCUAGCACAAUACACUACCGCACCCACUUUCCGGGCACCCGGAUAUAUAAUGGAUCAUGAUGGAACACUGCACCGACCGGCAACGGUGGCAACACCACCCAAAACAACUAUGGUGGCUAUGUCACCACCAAUUUCAGCAUCGGCUCACCGGCCGCAACAGCAACAGCAACUACAACAACAACAACAACAGCAGCAGCAGCAGCACUGCACAAGCUUUCCCUACGAUGGCACCGCACCAAGAACUUUAUCGACCGGUGUUCCUGUCAACUCACAGUUUUAUUAUGGAUGACAAAAUCAAAAGGAUGACAAUGCAAGUUGUCUACCACCAACAAGCGGCAGCAGCAGCAGUCCUCCUCCCCUUCUACAAUAUAAGCCAAAUUCCAAUGCAAUUGUUUUGAUAGAUGCAGCAAAAUCAAAAGAUACCAAAGCGAAUCAGGACAACAAACAGCAUAGCAAUACGAGUUCCACAGCCAGUAGUACAUCAGAACGAACUUAUUGCUUUUAAGAUCCAAAUCUUAAGAUACAAAAUUUAACAAAAUACCAAAUUCUACGGUUUAUACCAACACUCUUGUAAAUAAAAUACGUCUAGUUAUAAAUUUAUCUUAAACGUUACACCUGAUCGAUUAAGUCAUAAGAAAACAAAAACAAACUAAAUUAAUCACUAACUAUAUUAUUUAAUUUAUCCAAUAAAAACUAAAAAACAAAAGUGACUACGAAAGUAAGUUUAGAUAGUAAGAUUUAGAGUGUAAAUUUUCAUUGAAAUUCCAAAAACAAUAUACACAGUAUACCAGUUUUAUCUGUAGGGUUCCUAUAUUAUUAUGUACAUCCAUUCCAUGUUGUUAUCGCAAACCCGAUCCCAUCAGAACCUAGACCAAAAAUAAACUCCUUUCUCCCUAAACCUUUACAAAUGGGUUACGCUAUAAUGCUGUCAACCACUUAUAGUCCGAGAUUUUCGGCAUUACAAUGGUGAUUCUAAAUCCGAUUCCGAUUUAAUUUUUUUUACUUAAACAUACCGCAUUAAAGAA